CGUCCUCCAUGCUCACGUUUCGACAGAGUCAGGCCACAUAUCGAAACCUCUACGACAAUAUUUCAAUAUGGCCACUCCAGCACCAAGAGGUGCUCAGGCCCCUGCACAGCAGUCCAGCUUCAUGGACAACAUCCGACCCGCUAUCAACGGUAUUCUAAUCUUCUUCGUCGUCCAAAGCGCAAUUAAGUACUUCUCACCCGCUGCCCAGACCACGACGAAAGUCGACCAGACGACCGGCGCGGUCAUUUCCUCACCCCCCGCCGGAAACUUCGAGAAUCGCUACUACUCGCAAGAUGUUGACAACUACCUCCACAUCCCCGAUCAGGUCUCGCCUAUCUGGGGCGAAGGCACAUCCAUGGACAUGAGCAUCUACCUUUCCGAGGACUUCAACCUGCCACAGUUGUCGCAUCCCAAGAUGCAGGAGAAUCUGGUCUUCAGUGAGAAGGACAUCAAAAUGGGCGAUUGGAACGAGAAGCGGUCGAUGGCGGUUGAUGUCAACUUCUCCGAGUCGGUGCAGCACAACGGAACAUUGUUCGCGCAUAUCUUUGUGGCGAAAAAUGGCGCGGAAAUGGAUCCGUACGCCCACGGAUACGACCCGACGCAGAGCUACAAGGUCAUCAAGCUACUCACUCGGUACCACCAAAAGAAGAAGGUUGUCAAAACUAAGAAGCUUAUCGGUGGCACGGAGGAGGAUUCUGCCGACGAUGAGGAGAUCGCCGCCACGACCCCCGAAGGAAGGCCCAUAAUCACCAGCUACUGGCACUCGAACCUCACGUUGAACUUGGUUGGAGACGGCGGCGUACUGCAUUACAAGACCCUUCCGGUUCCGCUGAGGCAGCAUGUUGUCCUUGAGCAGACUGGUGCCAGGGAGAAGACCGGACGCAAUGGAUGGUACUACCCUAUCAUCUACCCCAAUGAGUUCUGGCUGCUGCGGGACCACAUGGUGGAGCUCAACAGCACUGUCAAGACGCUGCCGCUGUACAUUGACAUUACUCCUGUCUCGUUCUGGAAAUUCCAGAUCAUUUCGUCGAUGGACUUUUCGUUCAAGCAGUCCGCGGCCAAUCCCAACACAGCACUUGGCCAGAGCGCCUCAACUGGAGCCGAACUCGAGGAGUUCAAGCGUGUCCUGAUUGAGACCAACAUCUACCUUCUGGGCACCACUGCUAUCGUCUCGCUGUUGCACACCGUAUUCGAGAUGCUCGCGUUCAAGAACGAUAUCUCGCAUUGGCGCAACAAGAAGGAUAACGUCGGUAUCUCCGUUCGCACGAUCCUUGCCAACGUCUUCAUGCAAGCCGUUAUCUUCCUGUACCUCCUCGACAAUUCCGACGGUACCAGCUGGAUGAUCCUCUUCGGCCAAGGUUUCGGAAUCCUCCUCGAGGCGUGGAAGAUCACCCGCAUGGUCGACGUUAAGGUCCUCCCCACUCCCCCUGGAUCACUGCUUCCCUACAAGAUCUCUUUCGAGGACAAGCACAAGCUCUCUCAGCUCGAGAAGGAGACCAAGGAGUACGACGAGGAGGCGUUCAAGUACCUCUACUGGGUCGCGGUCCCCCUACUCGCAGCGUACGCCGUCUACAGCGUUCUAUACGACACUCACAAGUCCUGGUAUUCUUUCAUCAUCACUACGCUCGUCGGCAGUGUCUACGCCUACGGAUUCCUGAUGAUGGUGCCGAGUCUGUACAUCAACUACAAACUCAAGAGUGUUGCACACAUGCCGCGCAAGACCAUGGUCUACAAGCUGCUGAACACUUUCAUCGACGACCUCUUCGCCUUCACAAUCAAGAUGCCCACACUCCAUCGUCUUGCUACACUGCGCGACGACGUCAUCUACUUCAUCGCACUGUACCAGAGCUGGGUGUACCGUGUCGACCACCGAAGAGUCAACGAGUUCGGACAGGGAGGUGAGGACGGCGAGGAGGAGGAGAAGAAGGAGAUUGAAGGUGCGGAAACCGUUGUUAAGGAGAAGAAGAAGGCCGUUGCUGUGUCCAGCGGAGCGGAUAAGAAAAAGACGGGCGCCACGAAACGGCGUUAAAUAGAUGUUGAUGGCGGUUGGUAUGAGUUGGAUGAUGACCUAAGUACUUAGCUCGUGUUGUUUUCAUAUUGAAGCGAUUGAUAGCAAUGAUGAUUUGCUUUUGAACAAAGAGGCUCUAGUAAUUCAUACUGAGAGUCCUAAAAAC